AAUAGACAGGAUAGGGGAGAUACUAGGGAAGUGAUGAGUAGAGGCUUGUCAGUUACAUCGGAGGUCUGUAUCGUCAACGAACACAGUCUGUAGAACUUUUGGCGAUUGCAGCGCUUCCGUGGAAUGGAAAAACAGUUUGAAAAGGAAAAAAUCUACAGAACUCUAUGGCCAAAAAGCUUGUAUUGAUACAACGUUCUUUCUGUCGAGGCUGCAAUUGGCCCUACCAAAAACUAAUACCAUGCCUCGUACGACAUCGGUGCUAAUUUUUCUGGCAUUGCUUUUGUUAAUUUCGCAAGAAAUUUCUGCAAGAAGAGGACGCGCCAGAAGUAGAAGCAAAUCUAGAGUUCAAAUUGGUUUACCGAUUACUGGAAAAUACCGCGAUCCGGAAAGCGACCAAUAUUACAACAAUCAACACGGAGCGAAGAUUAUUCUCGCGUCUCAUUUUGAUUUGGAAUACGUUCUCGGACACAAAAUUGCUUUUCUCUGUGUUGCUCGCGGAACUCCAAGACCUCACAUAACAUGGUAUAAAGACGGAAACGAAAUUUAUAUUCAUCUUUAUCUACAUGUGCAUGAAUGGCAAAUUGGAGAAGACAAAAUCAAAUCAAAGUUGGAGAUUGAUCCGACAACCCAGAUGGAUGCUGGAGUUUACGAAUGUACAGCUGAUAAUAUGUAUAGCAUCGAUCGUAGAUCUUUCAAGACUGACUUCUCUAUUGUUUUCGACUAGUUUGGCGAGUGCAGCGCUUCCGUGGAAUAGAAAAACAGUUUGAAAAAAAGAAUAAUUCUAUAGAACUCCAUGGACUCAAAACUUGUGUCGAUACUACGUUCUUUCUGCCGAGGCUUCAACUUCAAACUGAAAGCUUGUAAAAAUAAAAAAUUGCACUCAAAACUUUAAAGGCCGAAGUGAAGUUAUUCAAAAAUAAUAUAAUUAAAAAUUUUAAGUCUUAAUAGUUAAACAAUUUGAAAUUACUGUGAAACUCUUCUAUAGUGCCAAUUUUCUCGGAAGGGCUAUAGAAUGGAGGGCUAUUGAAGGGCUUCACUGUGGUAGCAUUUCCAUUCGAACAAUUUUAAAUGUAGGGGAAUCACAAUUCAAAUAUUAAAAUAAAAAAUAAAAACUUUAAAAUUUUACACCUUGAAAAUGGAAAUGUUGAAGGGUAAAGAUUUUUUAUUUGAAAAUGUUACAAAUUUAACAUUUCAGACGUUAAGUUUAAAUACUUUAAGUACAUUAAAGUCACUUCAAAUUUUUCUAAAAUGGUGUGUAAAUCUACGUAUUAUGAAUUAACAAUCAAAGUUACUUUUCUAAUUGUUAAUUUAAAUUGAUAAUU